GUGCCACAUCAGCAGUGCCACAUCAGACACAGUGCCACAUCAGCAACAGUGCCACGUAAGCAGUGCCCCGCCACCAUGACGGGCUCACUUCUGGGCAUGCCAGGCCAACUGGCAAAUGAAUCCAUUGCCGAAUACCGACAACGGUUCGAAACUCAGCUCGCACUAAUCGCGGUUGAGGAACAACGCCAGCUGGCAGUCAAGGCUGCCCAGCAACAGGCUGACGAAGCGGCACCAGCAGAGAAGCUCCGGCUACAAGCCGAAGCAGACGCAGAAUCCCAGGCUCGCCGCAAGGAAGCCCAGGAUAUGCUGCAGCGGCAUGAAACAGCCAGCGUGGACAGACUCAAAUUCUGGCACUUUGAACCCAACGGCGACGACGCGACAUCGAAAGAGCAGCAUAAGGAGUUUCUCUUCAAACUCGUGACACGGCUGUUGUACAAUUGCAACUACCAACAGUCCGAGUUGGAGAAGCAGUACCAGAACCUGACGCAACAGCAUCAGGAGUUGGCGAAGCUCCACCACAUAGUGCAGAGCCACGAGGACGCAACUCGGACACUCAAUGCCCGAAUGCUGGACCUGGAGAACGCUGUACCAGGACCAGCUGCUGGGGCUUCCAGCAGUGCAUCCUCUAGCCGCCAACUAAAGGAAUGCGUUGACCACGUAGUGGCAAUGCUCGACGACAUCAGCACCUUCGCUGCGCCGACCACCAUCAGCAGUCAGCUGCAUAACUUGAAGACCGAGGUCCAGCUGCUGCAGUCGACGAAUGCGGAUGAUAAUCCGAACAUGUACAAGAUGCCAACUUUCCAACUGGACAAGUUCGACGACUACACGCAGCAGGAUCCGAUCCUCUGGUGGGAAGCAUUCACAACGCAACUCAGGAUUCUGCCCGUAGCCAAGCAUGCGUACAUCGGCGCCCUGUUCCUGAACUCAAAGGGCGGAUGCCAGACCUGGUUGAGCCACCUGGCAACCUCUCACGGCGUCGAUGUACCAGACUUGAAGGACAAAAUCACAUGGGAGGAACUGACACGGCUGUAGAAGAAGCGGUUCAUCGUCGACGACGCGCCGACACUCG